GUAGAUACAAGUUGCUAAGACAAUUAAUACCAGUGCAGAGAAAUUCUGAUGUUAAAGGAGCUGGUUGCACAUGUGGCAAAUUGGAUCCUGAGUCUCUUUAGAAGCCCAUAAUCCAGACAACUCAUCCACUUAGUAUAUCUCCCCAGAGUGCCCUCCCUUCAGAGCUUCUUGAGAUAAAGGGGCUACAGCAGAGGAGCUGCACAAGGCAGGAGUUAAAAAGCACAUUCAGUACCAGAAGAUCUAGGCAUCCAGUCAAAUAUUUCCUUUGUUUGCCCCUUGUCCAGCUGCCAGUAAAGCCCUUUUGGAAAAAAAGAAAAGCAUCCACCAACUUCAAUCUUCUCAGGAUGCUAAGCCAGGACUGAAUGGAUUUUGCAAGGUGCUUAGUCACAGCAAGGGGAAAAAAGCUCAUAAUAAAGGAGGACUCGAAGGCAUAGCGGAAUAUUGAUGCUGUCACUUCAAUGGUUGGGCGAGUGAUAAAAGGCAGGGAUAAGUGUCUGUAUCUCAUCCCUGAAAAACUUGAUGCUGGGAAGGUGACGCGUUUUGGGCAAGGGGGAGCAGACUGGAAUGAGAGGCUGGAGUGCAGAGAAGCAGCUGUGCCGAGACAGGAAUGGAUUUCAUUUGGAUGCUCCUGUCCCUUCCCUAUCUUAGGGGAUGCCCCAGUUCACCUUUGCUUGCUUCUGUGGGCUCCAUGGCUUCUGCAACACGAAGAGGAAGAAGGAAGAGGCCAGCACUGAGCAGGAGACAGCUGUUUGAGAGGGAAAGGCGUACCUUCGUAUAUCAUUUUAGCUUGUACUUCUGAGAUGGAGGAGCAAUAUUCCUACAAUCACUUGGGACUCUGAAGGUCCAGCAAAAUGUCUCUGUUCAAAUA